AUGCUCAGCAGAAUCUUGAGAAGCGCAAAGAGAGUCUUGCCAAGAAGAGGACAUGAUGCUCACCAUGAUGACCAUGGUCAUCAUCAUCACGAGUUGGUCAUGUUUACCAAUGGACCACCAAAGAAAUCUACCGUCCUUGGAAUGAUGGCUUUCAUGAUGGGAGGUCCUAUUUCAUUCACCUUCUUGUGGUGGUGGACCUAUGUUGGAAGCAAACUCUCUCAAAAGUAA